GUGCGGUGCUUUGCCGAUUAUGCCGAUGACGAGCUGCUCUCAUACCUGGCGGAGAGGUCAAUCUCCAGAGGCUUUCUCCAGGAGAUCGACCAGUUUCUGUGCGGUCACCCCGAGAUUGCAAACUGCCCCGAGGGCCGCGAGACAAUCCUGCAGCUCAACACGUUGUCGCCGUUGGAGGCAUACAAAUACUUUUUGCGAGGAUACACCCGUCCAGCGCGAUAUGUUGAUGGCGUCGUGAAGUCGGAGUACUUCACGCUUCCCGCAAACUACCCCUACCGACCCCUCCGUACUAAGAUCGAUCCCGAGCUCGUAGAUUUUUUCGAAGGUUUCGAAUACAGGUGGGAUAUCAUCGAUCGCAUCGACCAAGCCGUGCGUGGAGGCAUUCAAGAGCUUUCCCUAGGCCGGCCAUUACCCUCGGGCUACCAACGUCUGAUAUGCUAUGCUCUAUGGGGCAACCCGUCAGAUGCAUACAAGUGGUACGAGUAUUCACUGCAGGAAGAGUAUCUGCCACACAGAUACCUACCGGAGCACGUCGUACUUGGCCAUGUGCCAAAGCUCGCAGGUAAGAUUGAUCCGCAGCCAUCGUCACUGAAUACCUCCAGGUGCCACAUGGACGUGAGGUCUCGAAUGGCGAGAGCAAACGAUGAAGGAAUAGGUGAG